AACAUUUGUAAAAUUGUAGGUGUGUUGCUUAAGUAUGGACAUAUAUGAAAGUUAAUGCUAUUUCAUUAUGGAUAUAAAUAUUGGACGAACAUUCAAACAAGGUGUAGCAGAAAAUAGAAAUAUUCAUCGAAUGAGAAAAGUAACGUAUUGGGAAAAAUAUGGAGUUAAACGUUUUCCAUACCGUGGGAUACGACGGUUCACUCCAAUUCUCAAUCAACAUUUUGACGGUCAAAUUAGUAUAACAAACGAUGUAUUUGGCCUCACUAUUCAGCAAUUUGAACGGACAUUUAGAGCCUGUUUGGAAAGAAGAAAACAAAAUUCUCAAUGCAUACUUAAUAUAAGAUAUCCUGUGAAAUCUUCCAACAAAUACCUUGAAUAUUUGGAAAAUUGUACAGGUCAUAUUGAAGGUAAUGUGCUCUGGACCGGAAUAAAUGUUAAUAAUAAAUACAUGUAUGAACAGCUUGUUCAAAUAGUCGGAACAGAAAGAGACAUACGUUAUAGACAACGGUUAUUUCUGCUUAAAGAUAUGAUAGAAAGUAAUAUGGACAUUUCUAAAUUACCACAUAUUACAAGUGGAAGUAUAUCUGAAGGACUUGAUUUACCCGGCAGUGACCUUGAUAUAAUGUUUGUAAUUGGUGUUGUAGAAGUGAUAAAUAUGGCAGAAAAUAUAAAAUAUUCACGAAAAUAUACCACGCUGAUGAUGGAAACAGACCCCUUGUAUCCAGGGUUUACAAGACUGAAGUUAGCUGCAGACGACUAUCAUUCUUCUUAUCGUUUGAUCAAAGAUUCUCUAGUACAAAGUUUGCAAACCAACAAAAAUGGUUUUUAUGUAUCAACCUAUAAAUUCGUUCAAAAUAUUCAACAAAUAACGGAAUCAGUUGAAACGUUACUACACGGUCCAUGUUUAUCAGAUUUACAUGAGGAAAUGGACUUUGCGUAUUGUCUCCGUUGUAAAUCGUUCCCAUACAAUGCAAGCAAUUGGGUAAAUCGUCAUAGAAAACAUUGGCCACCUAAUGAAGUAAUUGAUACAAUUGUAAAGAACGGCUGUUUGUUGGUACCUGUUGGACCUAAAACAAUGACAAACGAUCAAUUGUUGUGGAGGUUAUCUUUUUCUGUGGCAGAAAAACAACUGGUUCAUUCGUUUAAUUAUACGCAAUUAUUAUGUUACGGCCUUCUUAAAUUAACAUUGAAACACAUCAUUAACAAACAACCUGGUGCAAAGGAUUUGUUAUGCUCCUACUUUCUGAAAACAACGCUAUUCUGGUUAUCAGAGAAAGUGUCUAUCGAGACAUUUCAGUUAGCUAACAUAUUUAACUGCUUUUUCUUGUGUUUAGAUACAUUAAGAUCGUUUAUUAACAAUUGCUACUGUCCUAACUACUUUAUACCUGAACAAAAUAUGUUUCAAGGAAAGGUCAAUAUGAGAAAUAAUAAGAGAUUGCUAAGUAUCCUUCACAGUAUUGAACGUGGCGGAACAGCUGGACUGAUAUCUAAUUUUUUUUCCGAAGGUGCUACUUUAGAUUGCCUAGCACCAACUUUUAAAUGCAAAUCUUCCACGCAGUUAGAUUUUUUCUUUUAUAAAUAUAUCUCCGUAUUAAGGUCUGAAACGUAUAUAAAUAACUGUUACCGAGGAAUGAUUAUUGCUAAAUCUUUCCUUAAGAGUGAAUCGUCUAUCUUUGUACGGGAUGUAUGUAAAUGGUGGCUGGACAGUCUCAAUCAUUUUGUGGUGCAACUACUUCCUCGUCCAUUUUUGGGACAGAAUGUCAAAAAUAAACAAAAUCGUUAUCAUAAACAUUUACUUCAAAGUUUACAAACAGAUGCUGUGAAUGGUUGGCUGUUAUACGCUUCGUUUUAUUACGUACUUGGACAGUACAAAGUUACACUCCGAAUUACAGAUUAUGUUUUAUCAAAGUGUACAGAUGAUAAGUUAUAUAUAGGCUUUUUAAGUUUUCCCCAAGAUAAAAUAAAUAACUAUGCGAAAAAUAUCUGUACAAAAAACGUAACACUUAAUGAAAAGGCGAAAUUAGCGACUAUAAAUCAUUUUACAUACUUGAAACGUUCUUCUUUAAUACCUGCGGAGCUAAGCCUGGAGGUGGAAAAUAAUGCAUUGUAUGUACCUCCUGUUGUUUUAACUCAUUGUCUUAGAGUUCUGUGUUUCCAUCAUCUCGGUGAAACCUUCAAUACACUACAAUCAUUGCAGGAUUUGAACUUAACUGUUAGAGGAAAAUAUUUCAUCACAAGCAGUCUAACAUCUGAAACAUUAACAAUUCUCGGUGUGUGCUGUGAGGUAUCUGGUGAUAUAGAUUCAGCUUAUGUUUGCUACGAUAAAGUUUCACGUAUUCAUGUUGGGACUAAUAAUACAGCAGAAAUUAGAAAAAUCGAACUCUUGAAAAGACGAAAUGAUAGACUCUAGAAAUAGUCGUUCUGUAAAUGGAUGUUUUCUUUAAUGCACAUUUUGAAUGUAUUUGUUUUCUGUACGUCUAAAACAAUUUCAUCUAUUUAUAGAUUAUCGUUGGUUAUUUCAACGAGAUUGAUUUUCACGCUUAAGCCGGUACGGCGAAAGUGAGAAAAGCAAUCGAGUUGAGAUGACCAAUGAUAAUCUGUUUAUCGCUAUAUUACCUAUGAAGACGUUGUUAAUUUCCUUGACAACAGCACGUGUUUCCUUAGUUUCUAGCGAUAACUUUCAUAUCACUCGACUCCGUUUUCAUAUCACU